UCAAAUGUAAAUUACCCAGUGUGCACCGUAACAUAAACUUUGGAAAGUUAGGAAGUUAUGGCGGUGGGAUUUGGUCGGAGGAAUGUUGGAGUUUUACAUAAUUUAGUUAAUUCAGUGCAUUUAAUUUCAAAAAUGAAUCAAUUGGGAUUAAUAGUUUUAAUUUUUCAUCUACCUCAAUUUAGUUUAGGAGCCGUAAAUUCGUGUUAUGACUCGAGAGGUAGAGCGCAAAAAUGUGAGCCAGAAUUUGUGAACGCUGCCUUCAACCUCACUGUAGAAGCAACUAAUACAUGUGGAUUAACCGGUCCGCAAGAGUUCUGCUUGCAGACUGGAGUAACAGGCGUGAGAAAAUCAUGUGGUCACAUAUGUGAUGCUGGGUCUCCGUCCCAAACACACCCACCGUACUAUAUGACUGAUUUUAACAACCAAAACAACUGGACAUGGUGGCAGAGUGAAACUAUGUUAGAGAGGAGGGGAGAAUGGCUUAACUCUCGCCAACAACAUGUUAACCUUACGCUUAGAUUAGGUAAAGCAUUUGAUGUAACAUACAUUCGCCUUAGAUUUCAUUCACCAAGACCUGAAAGUUUUGCUAUCUAUAAACGUAUGUCUAUGGAAGAUGAAUGGAAACCAUACCAGUUCUACAGUGCCUCUUGUGGGCGCACAUACAAUUUACCAUUUGGAAAUUACGUGUCACGACAAAAUCAAGAUACAGCUACAUGUACAGACGAGUAUAGUGACAUUUCCCCGCUGACUGGAGGCGAGGUGCCGUUCUCAACCCUUGAAGGAAGACCAGGAGCAGAAAACUUUGAAAGUGAUAAAAUAUUACAGGACUGGGUAACAGCUACUGAUAUAAGAAUUGUGCUAACACGUAUGAACACAUUUGGUGACGAGAUUUUUGGAGAUCCCCGUGUAUUGAGAUCAUAUUUCUACGCUGUCGAUGACUUGGCAGUAGGAGCAAAAUGUAAAUGUAACGGUCACGCAAGCAGUUGUGAGAUAGCACCUAACCGAGAGCUGAUUUGUGAGUGCGAGCACAACACCACCGGUCCUGAUUGUAACAUUUGUAAACCAUUCUUCAAUGAUCGCCCCUGGGCCCGAGCCACAGAGGAAGAACCUGGGGAAUGUAGACCGUGUGACUGUAAUGGUAUGAGUGAGGAAUGUUACUUUGACGAGGAUCUGUACCGUGAGACGGGACACGGGGGUCACUGUACCAACUGUCGUGAUAAUCGUGGAGGUAUACAUUGUGAGGAGUGUCUACCGAACCACUACAUAGAGCAAAGGACCAACAGAUGUACCGCCUGUAACUGUGAUCCCAC